AUUUUCGUUCUUGUUUGCUAUAGUGGUUACAUGGGCCAUAGUGAUGUAUCCGUAUAUCUUGAUUUUAACUAUUAGCCACAUCGAUACAACUUUUGCAGCUGUUCCAAAGCCACGGUUUAAUAAUAUUCAGUCGCCUAAAACCAUAAUACCAGAUUAUUAUGUAAAAGAAGUUAGACCGCCAACGUACAAGCAACAGCCCUUGGAUGUACAAUUUAGUAUGAAAAUUCUCGAUAUUAAUUCCAUCAAUGUGGAAGACAUGGAUUUUCGAAUGGAUAUGCUAUUAAAGCAAGAAUGGACUGAUCCCCGUCUUCAAAUUCCAGACGAUUUGUUUGAUAUAGGCGAAGAUGCAGUAGCGCUACCCGCAUACUAUUUUGAAAAUUUGUGGCAGCCGGACUUGUAUUUCUUGAACUCAAAAAUUGUUGAAAUCGCAACAUUGACUCAAAGAUUUUCAUCACUCACUUUAUUUCGUAAUAAAACUGUGAGUUAUUCUGCGCGAAUGCAUGCUAUUGUGGCAUGUCAAAUGGAGUUUCAACAUUAUCCGAUGGACACACAGAUAUGUCCAUUGAACAUAGAGAGUUUUGCUUAUAGAUUUGACAAAGUGAGGUUAAAAUGGGGCGAUGCUGGUGUUAGUAUAAGUCCAGAAUUGAAACUGCUGCAAUACCAUAUUGGAGAGCCUCUUGCACUCAAGGAAUUGAACGUGUUUACGUCCGAAAAAGGAGGCAACUUUUCACGUUUGGUGGUCUACUUCCGAUUCGAGCGACAAAUUGGCCAUCACCUUAUUCAAACGUUUGCUCCGUCCACGCUAGUAGUUAUGCUGUCGUGGUUUAGCUUCUGGUUGGGAUUAGACGCAGUACCGGCUCGAGUCACUUUGGUAGUUACCUGCAUGUUAACUCUAGUUACAAUGUUCACAGGAUUAAGAUCGGACAUUCCACCAGUUGCUUAUAUUAAGGCACUCGAUCUGUGGAUGGCUUCAUGUAUAUUCCUGGUAUUUGCAGCCUUAACCGAGUUCGUAAUUGUUAAAGUUUUAGAUAAGCGUUAUCAAAAUUACAAAAGUCGCUUAUCAAAAACACACCUUUUGGAAGCAAAUGCGUGGUGCAAUUGUAACAAUAAAAUUGCGCAAAAUAAACAGCAAUGGCCAAAACUAUGUUGGAUAAAUGAUAAAGGUAAAGAAAAAGUUUUAUGGAGAGAAAUUGAUCAUAUGUCUCGUAUAAUUUUCCCCACAAUUUUUGUAAUAUUCGUGGCAAUUUUUUGGCCAAUGUUAUUGUUUUCGAAAUCAAACGUGGUAUAAUACAAAUAGUUCCUUUAUUUACAUUUCUACAUCCGAAUAAAACAAUUUUUCACUAUCGUCACUUUCA